CUGAUUCUUCCGUUUGCUCAGCGGUUUGCACUCUGCCCCUCGUCGAAUUUGGCGACUCUCCUGUCUCCAGUGCGUAAAAGCUGCUGCGCGUCGCUCGGAUAAUCAUGUAGCUGCGCUUCACGCACAAAGCGGUCUCCAAAAUGGACCUAAAAUCCGAACUCCUGAAGUCCAUCUGGUACGCUUUCACGUCGCUGGACGCAGAGAAGUGCGGGAAAGUGUCAAAGUCGCAGUUAAAGGUGCUUUCUCACAACUUGUACACUGUCCUGAACAUCCCACAUGAUCCGGUUGCCCUGGAGGAACAUUUCCAGGAUGAUGACGAUGGCCCUGUGUCAAAUCAUGGCUACAUGCCCUACCUCAACAAAUACAUACUCGAUAAGGUGAAAGAGGGGACGUUUGACAAAGAGAAGUUUGAUGACCUGUGCUGGAUGAUGACGAUGAAGAAGAACUUUACCGGGGUCCUGCAGAACGGACUACUGACUGAGAGAAACUGCUUCAAACUCUUCUGCUUGUUCAACCUUCUUUCUGAGGAUCACUACCCGCUGGUGAUAAUCGUGGAAGAGGUGGAGUAUCUCCUGAAGAAAAUCUCCACAGCAGCGAGCCAUGAGUGGGAUGGAAAGCUAUUGGGAGACCUGAUUUCCCAGGAUCCCACAGUGCAGGAGGAGGGCAUGUCUGUGUGGAGCUUCCUGGCGCACAUGAAUGCGGGCCGUUUGCUGAGGGUCACCAACAGCGAGGCUUUCAGCCUGGCUUUGAACGAGGUGUUUCUGGAGAUGUAUCAUAACGUGCUCAAGAGAGGCUACAUGUGGAAAAAGGGGCACAUGCGGAGGAACUGGACCGAGCGCUGGUUUGUGCUGAAACCGUCCUACAUGGCUUACUACGUCGGCGAGGACCUUAAAGACAAGAGAGGGGAAAUCCAGCUGGAUAAAAGCUGUGUUGUUGAGCCCAUUCCAGACAGGGAAGGGAAGCGCUGCCUGUUCUGUGUAAAAACCCACAACAAAACCUAUGAAAUGAGUGCAUCUGACCAACGGCAGAAGGUGGAGUGGAUUCAAGCUGUUCAAACAGCACUUCGCCUUCAAAGUGAGGGAAAGUCCUCCCUACACCAUGAACUCAAGCUGAAGAGGCGCAUGCUGCGCGAGCACAAAGACCAAGAGCGCAGCCGGAGUUCCCGCAGCAGCUGCAGCAGCCGCAGCAGCCGCAGCAGUCAGUCAGACGAGCUGAGUGUCCAGGAAAUGGAGAAGAUAGAGAAAGAAAGACAAGACCUGGAGAUAGAAAACAUCAUUCAGCAUGCACGAGAAGUGGAAAAUCGACGAAGGGAAGCGGAGGAGAUGGAGAGGAGGAAACAAAAGGAGGUGCAGAUGGAUCUGGAGAGACAGCUGAAAGAAGCUGAGAUGCUGAGAGACAGCAUGCAGGCAGAGAUGCAGGAGAAGGAGAGGAAGGCUGAGCAGCAGAAAAAAAGGAUCCAGGAGCUGGAGAUGACUCAACAGAAACUGGAAGCUGCUCUGAACAUGGAGAUCCAGGCUCGACUGGAGGAGGAACGAGCCAGGCUGGAACUGGAGAUGUUGCUGCAGGCCGAAGAGGAGAAAAGGCUGCAGUUUAAGCUCCUCCAAGAGAAGCAGAGGGACUUGCAGAGACUCAGUCCUGCUUUGGAGGCCUCAGAUGGCAGCACAGACGAGGACACCCCCUUAGCCCUCUACUCAGCUUCCCGGGAGCUUCAGGAUCUGCAAGCAUCACGCCAGAGGAGCCACCAGCACCUAGAGGAAAUGCAGGAGAGGCUGAGGAAUGCCACUCAGCAUGUAAGGCACUGGAACGUCCAGUUGAAUCGCCUCAUGAAACCCAUUACGCCAGGAGAGCGUUUGGAUAGCCGACUUACAUCAAAAUACUUUUGCCCUCGAACGGAGGGAGCUCUGGCAAGCAACGAGUUCAUUUCCAAAUACAAGAUAAGAAAUGAUCAGAGCAGUCGGCUAGAAGAAGAGGAAUGUGAGAGACUGGAGGAGAAAAUGGGGGCCGCCCAUCUGUCAGAUGAUUCAGAAGAGUCACAGGAAAAGCCCAAUGGGCUACUGUGAUUGCCACGGUGACAGAUAAAGGGAUUUCUUUGUGCAUUUUCAUGUUUAGCAAUGUCAAAGGGGAAAAAAUUAACCUUAAACCACAAAACUUCUGUUUUUGUCCAUCAAGCUUGUUUACAGACUUCAUCCUGUGUGAAUGAUUGUGUCCAUUAUGGAGACAACCAUUCGUAAGAUUUCAUCCUCACAAACAUGACGGAAGAUAAUUCAGCUUUGUGUGAGUCCAGAAACUUUCUUUCUGUGUAGAAAAAUGAUUUGUAAAUAAAUAUGGAGAAUUGUGAAAAGAAAAUUAGAAUUUAAUUAAAACACAUCUGACUAAAA